AUGAUUAAAAAUAUCUUCAGUGAGUACCUGAAGUCGCAUGAGGUGCGGCGGACGGACCACGAGGCGCUCAGCAAGGUUGACAGGGAUUACAAGAACGACUACACCUCCGACUGGCGAUGGUUCAGCAUCAAGUGCGAACGCAUAAUUGAAAACGAACUCCAAAAGAAGUCCCUGCGGGAGGAAGACAGGAAGGCCUACAGCACCUGGGUGAAGGAGGCACAGAAUAUCUCGACCUUCAAAUCCUUCUUUCCUAAAAUCCUCCUCAGAGUCUACAACCGAUGUGAUGACCCAAAUAAAUUUUUCUCCAAACUAGUCAUUCAGAAGCUCGAUGCCGUCGUGUUCUUCUGCGACGCGAGCGGGUUCUCCAACCUAGCGGAGCAGCUGGACAAGCGAAUCAACGGCACGGAGCUUUUGGGAAACUGCCUGAACAAGUUCUUUAACAUCCUGAUCAAAAUAAUCGACUGUUGGGGUGGAGACAUAAUUAAGUUCAGUGGCGACGCCGUGCUGGUCAUUUGGCCUUUGCGCCGGGGGAACGCGGCCAAGUCGCCACAAAGAGACACGCCGCCUGAAACGGACAAGUCGCCUGAAACACACACGCCGCUGCAGAGAGACACGCCGCUUCACAAAGACAAGACGACAAUUGCCCGGGAAGGGACCCAACCGCAAGACAACUCCGACUACUACCCCUCCGACACCGCCACCCCCAACGCGGAAGGAAGAAACGGAACACACAGCCAAAACCAAAAGGAGAAAGACGUUAAGAAAAUAUGUCUCCUGGCCCUAGGGUGCUGUGUAGAUAUACACAAACUACUAAACAAAUUUCCAACUCCAAUUGAAAAUAAAUACCUUAAGGUUCAUAUCGCCAUCACGUACGGGAAGGUCAGCUUCCUCCAACUAGGAAAUGUCCUCAACAAGAGAGACUACCUGCUUUCAGGAAAACCUUUAGAAGAAAUAGGAGUUGCUGAAUCGCUAGCCAGGAAUGGAGAAAGUGUAAUAUCUCACAGAUUUUAUAAAAAGGUCAAGGACAAAAUUGUGGUAAAGGAAACGCAAAACAAAAAGUUUUUCCUUUUUGUGAAAAUGGGGGAAGAGAUAGACAUGCGCCGCUUGAAGAGGGACUACGAGCAGGACGACGACUGGCGCGUGCAAACGGGGCACGUAUCUACACAAGCCGCUAAAGAAGCCACUGCGCAAGCCGCUGAAGAAGCCACUGCACAACACGCUACACCAGACGCGCUCCACGCCUGGGGAACGCACACCCAACGCAGAUACGACAAAAGUGACACCCCGCUGGCACAAAAAAACUUCUGUUUCCUCCUCAAAAGUUUCAUACCAGAUAUUGUAUACAGAAAAAUUUCAAUCGGCUGCAAUGUCUUUUUGAACGAAAUCAGGAAGGUCACCAUCAUUUUCCUUUCAGUGAAGGACAUAGAUACGUCCACCAUGAUCGGGGUCUACUCUGCACAUGGCAUUAUGAAGCUCACACAAAAGGCCGUAUUUACCAUGGAGGGUACAAUUAAUAAAUUUAUAUACGACGAUAAGGGUAUCCUCAUCCUUAUUAUGUUUGGCCUGCCACCCUUGUAUCACUGUGAUGAUUCGGUCAGGGCUCUCCUCACUUGCUUCCGCUUGAUCGAUGCUCUCAAGUCCCUCAAGUUGAAUGGUAGCAUCGGUAUCUCCACAGGAAAAAUAUGGUGUGGCAUUAUUGGAAAUAAAAUCAGGAAGGAGUACACUGCACUUGGGGACUCAGUUAAUGUUGCUGCCAGACUCUGUUGCAAAGCCGGCAAUAAAGAAAUUUAUGUCGAUGAAAAUACCUUCAAUGGUUGUAAGCAUUUUAUUUCAUUUCAAAAACUUAUCUCCAUUAAAGUCAAGGGGAAGAAUAAACUCAUUAGGAUUUACUCCCCCAUAGGCACCAUCAAUAGGAGGUCUCCUCAGUUCGGCCUGGAAGAGGGCGGGGGGCCACAUGACUACUUCACCGAUGAGGAGUUGCAGGCCGGGGCGGAGGACCUCCCUGAGGAAGCAGACACGCAAAAGGGGAGCGACAAGCGGACACACCGCGAGAGUAGAAGUGAUAGGUGCACACAACGGGGAAGUGGAAGCGAUAAGUGUGCACAAGGGGAUAGCAGCCAUGGUGCACAGCGUGAAGGAGAGGUAGACGCCAAUGGCCAGCCCGACGCUCACACCGCACAAGAACCCAAAAAUGUCACCGAAACCGGCGACGUGAUCGAUAAUGAGGUCAACGAAGUGACUGACUUCUCCUUCCUAAACAGGAACUACCUCCUUCGCUACUACAACCGCAUGUUCCACCGCAGGAUCAAGGGGUUGCUGGGGCAGAAGGAUUGCCUCUACUACUUGCGGCAGUGCGAGGGGGAGGGUGGUGACGCCCCUUGGCAAGCCGCUUACCAGGGCGACCCGUACGGCCAACUCAAAACCACCACCACCCCCGACUACAACACACACACAGGGCCCCUACUCCUGCACGAGUACUACGACCCCCUCUACUGCGACUUUACCCAAAUGUAUAACACAGGCGGAGUGCUCUUCCUCCAGGGGAAUGAACACCUCGGCAUAUUCCAAUUAAUCACCCUUAUCUCUAACAAAUUAAGUCACUUCAAAGCAUUCAAAAUAAGUAACAUGCCUCACUCCCUUUACAUCAACGUGACGAACCCAUUGCUCCCCUGGAAAAUGCUCUGCAACGACAUGCUCCAGCUAUGGAGUUCUUGUAAAAUGAGAAAGGCAAAUACCUUAAUUAGAAAUGAAAACAAGUAUAACUUACUUCGUGAAAUCACACAUCCCUCAUACCAUUGGUUUUUCAAGUGCAUGUCUAGUGUUGUGGACGACCUAGUCAUACCCUAUGUGAGACACGCAGAUGGGAAAGACAAGCAAGGGAAGAAAAAGAACAAGAAGAAGAAGAACACAGCAGCAGUGCGUUCGAAGCAGACCGGAGCAGUGCUCCUCUCUACCGGGCAACACACGGAGAAGGAUACAGAUGUGGGGACACGGGACCCUACUGAUGAACUCACAUGUCCAGAUACGCAUGGAAGACAACUGAGACAUGGCACAUCUAAAAAGAAAAUGAAAAAAAAAAAAAAACACAACAUUGGUGGCUCUUCCACUAACAGUUGCCCCAGCAGUUGCGGCAGCGACGGGAAGGACAAAGCCAAACAAAAGAACAAAUUGUGUACGCGGAUCCUAACCACCAUCGACCACUUCUUCAGGGGGUACGCGCAGGAGAGCGGGCGCCGCCCUGCACCGUUUUCUAGCCCGCGCUGCUCAGUGGCGAACACGGCGGAAAAUAAUACCCCUCAGACAACUGCGCAAAGCGACGCGCACACCUCUAACGAUGUCACCACCCCCGGGAGUUACCGCUUCUCACAGGCGCACCCCCUAUUCAAGGCAGACGCCAAGGACAACAGAGUAGGAAUAAUCAGCUCCAUGCUUUACUACUUCACCCUCCAUGAGUACACAUUCAUUGUCUUUAAUUACCGAUCGGGCACCUCCCUAAACAUAAUGGGGGAUGAUAGCGCCUUGGGCAUUUGCAAAAACAUUGCAAAGCUGGCCAUGUAUAAAAGAGAAAAAAUUUUAAACAGCAUACAAAAGGGGGUCAAACAGUGGAGGAGGCACCACUGCAGGGGGUGUAACUACUGCAAGGGAGUUACCAAUGUGGGAGGUGGCCACCCCUCCACGGGGGGAAAUGAUAACCCAGGUGUAGCCACCCCCAGUGGUAGUGCUGAUUGGCCGCAGGGAGGUCGCUCCUCCGCCAGCACACACACACAAGAUGGACAGCCCUCCGGAGAGGAACAAAACAUGGACUCAUCUUCUCGUAACAGGGAGGGCGGAGUGGACGGCCAAGUUCAGAGGCAUAGAGUUUUCAGCAGUGAUUGUGGUGAUGGCAUCCACGACGCUACUAUCCCUUCGGGGGGAGAAACGCAAAAGCACCUGAACAAGUCAGGCAAUGUGGACAACAUCAACAUAGCACAGAUGUUCAGAGAAGAGCGGGCAAAGAAAACACAAGGAAUCAACAGGAGGUUCUACAAAACGUUAUUCCCAAACAUAAACGACAACAUACUUUUGUACGUCGCUGAGCAGAAAAUGAGAGAGCGCUCAGAAGGAAGAGCUCACAUCCAGGGGGACGCAGGAGGCAGUCCAUGGGGCAGACUCACUGGAACAGUUGCGUAUGACACCCCACCUGUAGAAAACCAUCUCACCAGCAGGACGGUGUACUCCAUGCAGGGAAAGAAGUCCCCACUGUGUGACCCCAUCUUCAAAGGAAAACACAAGCCAUUAAUUUUCCUGUUCGUCAAUGGCAUGAAAAACGACGCCAUAAAAAUUAGAGCCAUACGGAAAAUAAAAAAUUGUGCAGAGCAGUGUAACGGGUAUUUAAAGUUGGAGGACUUCAGUAGGGAAAGGUUAUGUGAUUUUGUUAGUCUGUGUUUACGUGUGCAGAAGGACGAGUUAAACAAGGAGCUAAUCGAUUACCUGCACAAGACAUGCUUCGGGAUCCCUAAAUUUGUCCAGUACACUCUCUUCUACCUAUUAACAAAAAAGUACAUCAAGCUAUACAGAUAUGCAUGCCGGUUUAGAGCUAGUGAAACUGUUGGCAAAGCGCCUAACGAAGGUGAUACCUCAGUUGGGGGAAGAGGCACAGAAGAACAUUCACCAAGCAGUGGAUUCGCUUCGAACCCUGAGAAGGGCCACCUACGCAAAGAAGAUUUUCCCUCUGUGGGUAGCACCAUCAAUGUAGGAUCGACCAGCACACACGAUCCCACGUCGUACACCUACAUCAAUGAAACAACCAAGCAGAUCAUUACGCAACAGAAUGGGUUCAGAAACUUCCAAUUCUGUGACGAGACUGACAGUGAUAUUAACCGUAGUGAUGAGAAUGACAUGCAAGACGAACAAUUCCAUGUCAAUCGAGACGCCUCCUCGCUCAGGGAUCAACCAUCACAGGGACAGGAUAAUGCAACCGGAACUCACCAGAAGGGGUGCAAGUACAAGAUAAAAGUAGUGCGCGACUUGAACUCGGCUCCCUUGGUUCCACGCCUGACGGCCCACUGCAUGUCCCUGAUCGAUAGCCUUAACCAGGAGGAGCUGCUGCUGGCCAAGCUAUGUUCCUUCUUCAAGCAAAAAUUUAACAUAAAAAAAAUGGAGUGCAUAUUCCCCAGAUAUAUUUCUCGAUCCGAACUGAAAAGAAUAAUUAAGGAGCUCAUCAAGAAGAGCGUCUUCCAAGUCUGCGAAGAGAACACAGCGAAUCAAGUGCCAACGGAAGAUGUGAACUCCAUACACAAUAUCAAUUUUGUGUACAGGGAUAUCUACAACCUUAUAAAUGAUGUCACUGCGAGAAAGCACAAGCACCAUUCUGUGUUUAAAAGGAACUCCGCGAUCCCAGACGAGGGACUAUACUUUUGCAUAAUGAAUUUCUCUCUCAAGAAGGUGCUGAACGAUCUGCUCGAGAACGAAGAAAAAAAAUACAUCCAAAAGAUAUAUAAAAAGUACUUGGACGAGUAG